GUGGCAUCAACUAUGUAAGACACUAUCUUUCUUGAGGAUUUGGCAAUGUAAAUACUAUGGUUGCAUCAUUAUUGGUAUUUAGUACUUUUGUUUUUUGUUGAAGGAGCAUGAUUAUGACUAGAACAGCUUUGUUUAAUAGGUUCGGUACUGUAGGCAUUCUGAAUCUCUUAGACCAUCUCUCACCUGAUGGCUGCUGACUUUCAGAAUGUUUUUUUGUAUCUAUUAUCCUCACCCAAUAAGCUAUCAAAUAUCAAUAGCAGAGGAAUGGAGAAGCAGCUCCACCAAGAAAAAUUUGAUGAUUCUGUGUUGUUGGAGGUGCUCAAUUUUGAUCCACUGAGAGGAUGUUCUAUAAAUAGCUAUUAAUAUCAGGUACUUUGUGGCAUUAACCAUGUGAGCCUGCAAAGCCAAUAACAGCUGUUGUUAAGCAGAUACUCAUCUUUCUGGAGGAUCUGACAUUGUUCUGAAGGGAAGGGAUUCUUGAAUGCCUUAGACUGGCAUCCCACCUGCUGGCUGCUGAGCUUUCUGAACUGCUAUUCGUUUGCCAUUAUUAUGCAGACCUUGUUUUGGAGCAGAACCGUAAUGUUGCCUGUCUUUGCAGGAGAAGAAACCUCAGUGACUAUGGAAUUGGUGAUGGCUUUAGUCCUCAAGGUAGAAAUGAGGAUGUUUGAUUUGGUGGAUGACAGGUCCUUGGAUCCGAUUAUAUCGUCGGGACCGACCGAAGAGAGUUUCGUUGUGUGGGAUCCGGUGGAGCUUGCUAGGCUGAUACUUCCUCAGAAUUUCAAACAUAACAAAAUUUCCAAUAUUGUUCGUCAACUUAAUACUUUUGUGGGUAUUGCGGUAACACAAAUUGCAUAAAAAUGGCUGCGUCAUCUCUACCUGUAUUGUGUUUCUUGUAUUUAUUGUUGCUUUUCUUCUUGUUUUGUUCACAUUAUUUUCCCUUUUUUGUGUUUUCAUGUUUUUCUGUAGUUCUUAUCUUUUUCAUUUCAUGUUUUUGGUUGUAACCAGAAAUGGGUCCUUGAAAACCAUUGACUUCGAGGUUUUCUUUGGAAAGGGAUUCUUCGUGUAAAAUUAACAAUCAACCCAUUGUACUAGA